AAGCUUUUCUUCCCUAACUCGCAAAACCGCUGCAGACUCUUAUUUUGAAAACCAAACAGCCACCCGGAAUCACAUGCCCUGUCUUCUCUGGACCUGGACUGUGGAACCAAAGAGGACUGUUCUGCACAUAUGUCCACUUUAACCAAAGCAAUGUCCAAGUUCCGUCUGGCUGUGGUGCAGCUGCAGGUGACGAGCGUCAAAGCGGACAACCUGAGCAGAGCCCGGAGGCUGGUGAAGGAGGCUGCGGGACAAGGCAGCAAAGUGGUGCUGCUGCCGGAAUGCUUCAAUUCUCCGUAUGGAACCAGCUUCUUCUCUGCGUACGCUGAGAGGAUCCCAGGAGAGUCCACCCAGGUGCUGUCAGAGGCAGCGAAGGACAAUCAGGUUUAUGUAGUGGGAGGAUCUAUCCCUGAGGAGGAUGGAGGGAAGCUGUAUAACAGCUGUCCGGUGUUUGGGCCUGAUGGAGAGCUGAUUCUUAAACACAGGAAGAUUCACCUUUUCGACAUCGACGUUCCGGGAAAAAUCCGCUUCCAGGAGUCUGAGACGCUGAGUCCCGGAAACAGUUUGUCAAUGUUUGAGACACCAUUCUGUAAAGUGGGAGUGGGGAUUUGCUACGACAUGAGGUUUGCAGACCUCGCUCAGCUCUACAGCAGGAGAGGCUGUCAGCUGCUGGUUUACCCAGGAGCCUUCAACAUGACGACUGGUCCAGCGCACUGGGAGCUCCUGCAGAGGGCGAGGGCGCUCGAUAACCAGGUGUACGUGGCCACGGCUUCGCCUGCCAGAGACGAGACGGCUUCAUACGUGGCCUGGGGCCACAGCACUGUUGUGAGCCCAUGGGGAGAAGUUAUCUCCAAGGCCGGACCAGAGGAGGCCGUUAUUUACGCUGACAUCGACCUGCAGUACCUGGCCGAUAUCCGGCAGCAGAUCCCGAUCACGGCUCAGCGUCGAGACGACCUCUACACGGUGACGUCUGUGCAGGAAGGAUCGAGCUGAACGCGGUGACCAUGGGAAAUCAGGUGCGAAGCUACCAAUCACAAACUAUGCAUCAGAUCUCUGCCGCCACCCGUCGUCUUCCUUCCUGUGACGCACAAGACUCUUAAUUGUGGGAACAGGAAGUGGAGCCGGGGACGGUGAUGGAUUAGAAUGCUGCCGACUCAUUAAGGACGGAGCUGCGAUGACUUCAUGAAAAAUUGUGUCGAUUGUAGCUUCAGAGAUUUGAAAUGUAAGAAAUAUUCAGUUCUUCACUGUCAUGAUGGAAAAACGAGAGUAGAUCUGUGAGAUGAAAUAAAACAAUCUUUAUUAAAUCUUGAAACACAACAACUGAGAAAGUGAAGUGGUGAGAUGAGCUUUUUAUAUCUACAUGGUCUGUGAAGCCCCACCCACACACACACACUCACAUAAUUCACAUAUUAAAUAAUGACAACAAAUACAUAUUUACAAAUCAGUGCUCUGUCGCCUCAGUGACACUAAAGGAGGAUUCAUCACCUCAGGAUUUUAAACAUCAGUGUCUUCUGGCUCCGGCUUCAUGGCCUCAGUCUCCUCCUGGUACCGAUGUUGUCUUUUGUAUCCUGAAGACAACAAACGGUCGUGUAAGUGAUAGCAAAACGUUUUCAGUAAUCGUGAAAGCAUAGUGCACUGCAUGCUCCACCUCUGUGAAAGUAACACAGUUCUAUGUUUAAGAAAUAAUUCUGAUUCUUCAUUUCCUCUACAUAUGGUAAAAAAAAAAAAAGAGGCUGCUCAGGAUCAAUCAGAUCAAUCAGGAGAAGAUUGAUCAGAUGUAGUGAUAAACAAACCUGAUUCAGAGCCUGUU